AUCCCGCAGGGGAUUAGUUAUGCUAAGCUCGCCAACUUGCCUCCUGUUCUUGGUUUGUAUUCAAGCUUCGUGCCGCCGUUGGUGUACGCAACGAUGGGGAGCUCGAGGGAUGUGGCAGUGGGCACUGCGGCUGUACCGUCACUUCUAUUAGCGUCAAUGCUCGGAAAAAAUGUAUCUGCCAUUAAAGAGCCGCUCCUAUAUUUACACCUAGCCAUUACCGCUACGUUUUUUGCCGGAGUUUUUCAGGCUGCUUUGGGUAUUCUAAGGUUAGGGUUCAUAGUGGAUUUUUUAUCACAUGCAACAAUAGUAGGGUUUAUGGGGGGAGCAGCCACAGUCAUUUGCCUUCACCAGCUCAAGGGCAUUUUGGGGCUUGAGCAUUUCACCAAAGAAACUGACCUUGUCUCUGUUAUGCACUCUGUCUUCACCAACACUCGGCAGUGGAAAUGGGAGAGUGCAGUUCUUGGAUGUGGCAUACUUUUCUUCCUCUUUAGUACACGCUACUUUAGCAAGAAAAGGCCCCAAUUCUUCUGGGCUUCUGCUGCAGCACCACUAACGUCAGUUUUCAUUGGAAGCCUUCUCGUCUACUUCAGUCAUGCUGAGAAUCAUGGAGUCUACGUGAUAGGGUACCUAAAGAAAGGGCUGAAUCCACCAUCUUUGACAAGUUUGAUAUUGUCUCCUCCUCAUAUGAUGAUUGCCAUGAGGAUUGGCAUUGUUACUGGCAUAAUUGCCCUUGCUGAAGGAAUUGCAGUAGGAAGGAGUUUUGCCAUGAUCAAGAACUACCAAAUCGAUGGAAACAAAGAGAUGAUCGCAUUUGGGAUGAUGAACGUCGCUGGAUCAUUAACAUCCUGCUAUCUCACCACCGGAUGCAAAACAGCAAUGUCGAACAUCGUGAUGGCGAUUACAGUGAUGAUUACCCUAUUGUUCUUGACUCCGUUAUUUCAUUAUACUCCCCUAGUUGUUCUUGCUUCCAUUAUUAUCUCCGCAAUGGUUCGAUUAAUUGAUUAUGAGGCUGCAAUUCACCUUUGGCAUAUUGAUAAGAUUGAUUUCUUUGUGUGCAUUGGUGCAUACUUUGGUGUAGUGUUCGGCAGUGUCGAAAUUGGACUCGUUAUCGCGGUUGCAAUCUCGAUACUUAGGGUUUUAUUGUUCGUCGCGAGGCCUAGAACUAGUGUUCUAGGGAACAUACCGAACUCCGCGGUCUAUCGAAGGAUGGAUCAAUAUCCAAUAGCUCAGAGUGUAUCAAAAGUGUUCAUACUCCAAAUUGAUGCUCCGAUAUUUUUCACUAAUGCUAGCUACUUGAAAGAGAGGAUAUCGCGAUACAUUGAUGAAGAGGAGGAAAGUAUGGUGAGAGCAAAGGGGGAGAAAAUUAGCCUGAAUUAUGUGAUUUUAGACAUGAGUGCUGUGACCAGCAUUGACGCUAGCGGAAUUAACAUGCUCGAGGAUUUAAGGAAGAGUGUUGAGAGAAGAGGGCUUCAGCUUGUGUUAGCUAAUCCCGGGAGUGAAGUGAUGAGGAAGCUGGACAAAUCAAAGGUCCUUGAGAUGAUUGGACGAGAGAUGAUAUUUCUCACCGUUGCAGAGGCUGUGAGCACGUGUGACUCCUUGCUUCACACGUGCAAACCAGGAGUCGGCAAUGAUUCCAUCGCUAGUGACAACAAUGUCUAAGAUAUGUAUAGAGAUGCAUUUUAGGUUAAUGGAGGAUUUCGUCUCAGUUAGUUUUUGUUUUUUAUUUAUUGCUGGCAAAGUAUUAUGGAUAAAUGUAGAAAUGUUGAGGUUUGGAUUGUGCAGCUAAGUUGUACAUCCUCUUGAAACUAGUUUUUCAUUUUUUUUUUCAAAUCUUUUUUUAAUUUAGUGUGGAUCGCGUUGUGUGGAAUUUAAUUAGUUGUAUAAUUUUUAUAUUAUUCAAGUAG